AUGGGGUCCUGGUGGCUCAACAUGUGGAAGAUUUUUACAGCAAUAUUCGGCAUGAUGCUGGAUGUUGCGCAGUUCUGGAAAGAAAAGCUCCUAUCAUGGUGGAACUCCAGAUCCCCUCGAUCCCAACUAUUCCACACCCUCGAAACAGCGCAGAGUUAUGAGCAGUGGGAAGCCGCUGCGUUUGAGCUGGACGAGAUUCUAAACAAGGACUUGUGGCGCCAAAACAAUAUCAGUAGACAUUAUGAUCAUCGAUUAAUCCUCGGCCGACUGGAGGCGCUCAUGCUCGCGCGAGAAAGCGAGAAUAUACAGACGCUAGCUAAUCUCCUUCGAUCCGGACUCGUGCGCAAUCUGGGCAAUAUCACUUCUACGAAACUCUUCACGCAUGCAUACGCCGGCACGAAGCUUUUGAUUGACGAUUAUACCACGCAAGUCGCACUGUCGAUUCAGUAUAUUACCUCUCUUCAGCCGGUGCCUGGGCAUGCGAGUGGGUUCACGUCGCAGGCGAAGCUGGAGCUGCUGCAUGAUACGCGCCAAGCCUUUGGGCGUACGACUCUGCUCUUGCAAGGCGGGUCGGCGUUUGGAUUGUGUCAUUUGGGCGUCGUGAAGGCAUUGCAUUUACAAGGCCUUUUGCCGAGAAUCAUCACUGGUACUGCUACGGGUGCCAUGAUUGCGGCUCUGGUGGGCAUCCACCCGGAGAGCGAGCUGCUUGGGUUGUUGGAGGGAGAUACGAUCGAUCUAUCUGCUUUUGAUCGGCGCUGGAAAGGCCAUACGAAUGGAUCUGCUGCUAACAAGGCUGAAGGUUGGCUCUGGACGUUCUUCCGGCGGAUGAAGCGAUUCCUGAAAACGGGUCACUUAUUCGAUAUGGAAUUACUGGAGGAAUGUGUACGAGCCAAUGUCGGUGAUUUGACCUUUGAAGAGGCGUAUGCUCGAUCGAAGCGUAUCUUGAACAUCACGGUAGCCACGGCAGGUAAGACAGGCACGCCAAACCUGCUCAAUUACCUAACGGCGCCGAAUGUGUUGAUCUGGUCGGCGGCUGCUGCCUCCAACGCCUCAUCUUUCUCUCGCCGUUCCUCGCCCGUAACGAUCUACUGCAAAGACGAAACAGGAUCAAUCAUGCCUUGGCCACACGCACAAGACGCAGUCUUCCGACCAUGGCGACACGUCCAUUACAACGAAGGCGAAUCCCCUCUAGCCCGCAUCGCCGAGCUUUUCAACGUAAACCACUUCGUCGUCUCUCAAGCCCGUCCAUACCUAAUCCCAUUCCUACGAUCCGAACUCAACCUCCUCGACCGCCGCCAAACCGGCUGGCACAACCUAUCUCGAUCCCUAAUGCGACUAAUUUUAGUCGAGCUCCGCCACCGUCUGCGCCAACUAGAUUAUCUUGGGCUCCUCCCUGGCUCCGUCAGCCGCCUCCUAAUCGACGAAACCAUCCCUGGCCCAAAUCUCACCCUUGUUCCGGAUCUAUCAUUUUCGGAUCUGGGUCGACUAUUUCAACAGCCUACCCGGGCCCAGGUCGCAGAUUGGACGCUUAAAGGCGAGCGAGGCGUUUGGCCCGCUGUUAGUGCUUUGAAGGUCCGCGAAGCUAUUGAAAUUGAACUCGAUAGGGGGUAUCAGAUUGUCAGGAGGAGGAGACCAAGUGAUCAGUCUCUUCCUGCGCCGGUGCGUCCAUCUUCUAAUGAAAAGGUUCCGCUUCGACGACGUGUAGAGGGUGAGAAUGAAGAGAGCAGCCCAUUUGGUGAAGAAUCAUAA